GAUUGUGUGAGCGAGCAAUGAAGGUGUAAAAUGUUACUGAGAGAGAGAAAGAGCUUGGGCACCAAAAAUAAAAUCUCUUGCCCGCGCGUGCUUGUGUGCGUGCGUGCGUGCAGGUACAGCGCACGAGAAAGAAGCGCCUCACACGCGCAUCAACUUCCAUAUAUGUGAAGACGAUGUGAGAAGUGUACCCCAACAGCAAUCGUGUCGUCUUGAUGAGCAGACGGCGCGCAACACAACAAUGUCUAACGGCAGAAAACUUGGGAGCAGCGGGGCGGAGUGCCGCUGACGCCCUCCAUCUCCCUCUCUGGCACCCACACCAUGAUCGUACGCGGAACAGUAGCUGUCGGCAUCAGCAGCAGACUGUGGGCUGUACCAUCCUCCUCCUUCCCUCCUCCCUUCCUUGCCAAACUCCAACCAUUCGGCCUCUUCCCCCUCUGCCUCCCACCUCACCCCUAACCGGGACGCCGCACUUUUCCUCCAGCACACCAAUUCUCGUGGCGGUAAGCCGAUCCAGUUCCAGACCCUAAACAUGCCAUAUAUGGUGUCGUGCGGUACCUGCAGGGCUGUGCUGCACUUCUUCCGUGUUGGGGCGAAUUUCGAGACAGCCUGUGCGAAAUGGCACGCUGAGAGUAGAGCUGUUAUUCCGAGGCUAGCUCAGGAGGAGACCAGUCUCUUGACCUCCAUCUUCUGUGCUUUUACACUUCAGUCUUCUGACGUCAGGGCUAUUAUUAGGGACUGGAACAUACAACAUUUUAAGGUUUAUCAUAACUCACGAGCAACAUGUCAAGAGAAGCAUUACCUGAUUUUUUUUCCCAAAUGGACCUUGUUUACAAGUGCGAGACCAUGGGAGGAGAGACUAUCCCAUGACGGGAGUCUGUGUCUUGUUUUAAAAACUAGCGAGGACGACAAUGAUCCUUGGUAACUGGGAUUUCACCGUGUAUCAAAUUGAGUUCUUUGGCUCACCAGCAUCCCACAGCCCCACACUACGCGUGACAGUAUAAGCACAGGGGCAACUGAGAAGAAGUGAGGAGAAAGAGAAGAGUCUUUAUAAAUAUCGGCCUCGUGCCAAACUGGGAGUUUUCCCUGCACAGUGCCAGACCCAUCGCAGGAAGCUGGGAGCUCAGUUGCUGAAUAUGGACUGAGCGCCUGGCCCCUUACGGUGGCCGCGGUAUGCAAAGGUCUUGCGAUUCGGCCGCCUGACAAUAAGGUAACCAGCCAGCGAGACAGGUCACUCGGGCCACUAAACAUGUCACACCGGAGGAAAAGUGCUCGACCCACCAACAAACUUCGCAGGACGGCGGACGCGUCCUCUGUCAGUUCCGACAGCGACGCAGAUCAAGGAAAGAUGUUUGCAGACGAUUGUCGACCGACGCUGCUGGUAGACGGAGGCGAGAUAGGAGCUAGCACCUCCCCUCCUCAAGUGGAAAUCCCUCCGGACCUGUGGCAAGACUUUGAAGCGCUGUUGGCAGCCACCAACCUUGAUGCAGCCUCUCUAAUGCGAAGACUAAUUCAGCAGUAUGGCAGAAGUUCGAUACCAGUGGAAUGUGAAAUGCAGGAAGAUGAGUGCGGGGUCGAUACCUGCCCCGACGACGGCAUGGAAGACGUUACCUAUCCCCCAUCAUGUUCUUCUCCAGUAGAUGAGGUGCUGGACCUCAGCAGCAGCGGUAGCAGAGUAUCCAGGAUCUCCCCUCCACACCAAAGCUUGAAGUCUUUUUUUGACAGCUCUGCUGCCGACUUCGAUGUUGACAAACCACUGGAUUUGACGCUCGGUAAAAGAAAAGGGACUUCGUUAUGCGUAAGCCUCGGGGAGAAGAAGGACCACGUGACGCGAGUGCUGGACGCUCACAACUUCCCGUCUGACGUCGUCACGCUGCUGACGUCGCCGCCGUCCAAACUGUCACGUCCAGGUUUGCUGUUUCCUUCUCCGAGGACGUCGGUCCUUCCGGCGAGACAUUCUUCUCCUACCCACACCUCGGGCCGCUUGUCGCCGGCCCACUCGAGCAACCGCUGCACCUCGUCUCAUGCCACCAGCCAUUUGUUUGCCCACACAAUCGUCAGCAGUCAGAAGUACGGCUCUGAAGAAUCAGCGAAAGGUUCCUCUGAUGACACUCUGGUCUCUAGAUAUUCACCAGGAAACGACUUCAGCUCUGAAGCUACUCACAGAAUCUCGCAGAUACCGCAUGCUGCUUCCGCCCUCGGCCAGGUCUCCAAACACAAUGAACUUCAGGCCGCGGCUGUCCACAGCGGUGACGCACACGGCCACGCCGUCUUACCAAUGGCUUUGCAUCUGCUUUCAGCGCCCAGCAGCGCGGGACGUCACGAAGUGUGCCAGCGUGCGUGCACCAGUUCCUCGGGUGCGAGGGCAAUGCAGCUGCCUACUGUCACAUCCGUGGACUUUCAGGUCGACGCCAGCCGAGGUGACGGCACUCUGCCCAACGGGUGCAGCGGUCUAGGGUCGCUGAUUGCAACCCAGUCACAGCCCCAGGUACAGCACGGCACAGCCACUCCCAUCACUCUGUCGGCCUCGACGGUCUACCUGGAUGCUGUCAGCAGUGGACUGGUUGCCACGGCGACAGCAUCACCAAGUGUGUGUGUGAACAUCCCAUUUAUGACAGCCACUUCUGCUGAUGGUGUCGUUGCUAUCCCGCUCUUGCAGGCCCGGCCAGAGGUGCACUCUACACCCGGCCAGCCUCAGAUACCAAGCACAGCCACUACGCCAAUUACCUCUUCUGGGCAAACUUUAACUUUUGCAAACUCCACCCCGAUCUCGGCACCUUCCAGGUCCUCAAAACCUAAGCUGGGGAGGCCUCGUGGACCUUACGCGAAGCCCCAAAAAGUCGUGCCCAAGGACAUGAAGCUGGUGACAGAGAACUCUCUCUUCCCUGGCGUGUACACCAGCAUUCUUAAAUUACCGUGGAGCAAACGAUCUCGAGGGAAAUCGACAAAGAUAAAAGACACCGACACCACUGCUGCUGCAACUGUGUCUCCAGCAACCUCUGCCCCCGUAUCCACGGCAACGCCAGACGCGCAGACUCCUGUGUCGCCCACGAACGCGCCACCAGUAAUCAUCGGGGGAAACCCCCCACAGGAUUCCGCGUCCAUGGCCACAGCGUAUCUGUCCAUGUCUGUUGUGGUACCCGAACAGCUCCAGCCAGCGUCAUCUUCUCAAUCCGUCAUGAUGGUGUACCCGAACGUGGCUAUGUCUCCCUUAGGCAAGCUUGGCAGACGGCGAGGCAGGCCACCGAAGCUACCAGUCUUGUCUCACCUUCUUACGGAGAAAAAUGUUAGAAGAAACGAACCACCCCACAAAACCCCUCCCCUAGAACAGGAAAACGUAGCAUCGCCAAUAGACAGUGUACACAGGCAGGUUUCAGCCGCAAUUUCUUCUUCGGGUACAACGCCUGUGCCAGACGAUGAAGGUAUAGCCGAUAUGGACGAAAUGAAGGGAGACAAUGCAGCCCCAAAGACAGCUUCUUGCCUUGGAACUGAAAGCGAAAGUAGGCGGCUCCCCGAGGAGGCCAGUUUGGAGACACGUUUCAACAUCCUGGCCAAUCAGCUGGGCCUAGAGAUCGGCAGCGCCUACCACGCCAACCUAGUGUACGCCACUCCGUCGGCGCAUCAGGCCGUCAACUCUGCCCUGUACAAAGAGAUGCUCAUGUCAUCGCAGUCGCUUGUGGAGGUCAAGCCCCGCCGGCGGCAGCUCAACGACCUCAUCAAACCCACUGAUGACGUCGUCUUCACGUCUUUUCGCAUACGACCUCGGGGUUCAGGACGGGGAGCCAAGGCCAAGCGCAUCCGGAGGCGUAAAAGAGGGGAAUACAGUUAUGAUGGUGGGUCCGAGGCACUAGACCUGCCCACGAACCUUGUAGAAAGCGGGGAUUACAAAAUGGGCCGCAGUACCUGCAGUUCCGAGAAAGGUGGGGCAUCUGACUCUCCACCCCCGCCGCCGGUGACGUCAGCCGUCAUCGCAGAGCCUGUUCCGGGGGCAGGUAACAUGUCGCAGAGGCUAUACCAGGACCUCUACCGCUGCCAGCGCUGCGACGAGAUGCUGCCGGUGGAUGAUUCUGUGCAGCACGCAUGCUGCUCGCCGGCCUCGCCUGUGACACGGAAAUGUGACAGAUGCGGUGGACCACUUCUUCUGCAGGGCCGGCACAGAGGAGGCCCAGACGAAGAUGUGGGAGAGGUGGUCCUGUGCGACAAGUGCCUGCCGGACGAUAGAACCUCCCCGGAACACCUGCUUCCUUCACCUACUCCAGCUCUUGCACAAACCGUGACGAAGGCGCAACAUCAGCAGCAGCCGAGCAUGACUGACGCCUUCUCGUGCCAGCCGUGCGACAUGCAGUUCGCCACCAUCGCCGAUUACAUCGAGCACCGGCGCAGCGCGCACCUGGAGAAGCUGUGCCGCCAGACACGCAAGACGCAUUCCCUCAAAACCCUGGCCUGCCCAGCCCAUACGUGUCCUCGCCUCUUUCACACGCAGGCCGAGCUGGCCCGCCACGUGCACGACGAGCACGAGCAUGAGCAUGACCUCGUCCUCCAGGACGGUGUGCAGGUCUCGGAGGUCAAGGAUGAACCUGGCAAAAGUCCGCUCGUCUCUGACCUCGCCCAGCAACGAGCGACCACAGCUGCGCCAGAGAACGACUACGGGUGCUUCCCUCCGGACACCAAGGAAUUUUUGCAACGGCCAGACGGAGCUGCCGGCUUCGCGUGCACCCAGGAAGGAUGUGACGCUAGCUACGACAGCCCACUGGAGGUGCUGGAGCACGUGCAGGCUGCCCACCAAGGCGUGCGCCGCUGGCAGUGCCCCUGGGCCGGGUGCGUGCGCCAGUUCGGAGCGGAGCGCCACCUGCGGGUGCAUCUUUUAAUCCACAAGGACGAGAAGCCUCUGAAGUGCGACUUCUGCGACUACCGCUGUCGCCAGCGCAACGCUCUUAACUGGCACAUGCGCAAGCAUCCGGAAGCGGCCGGCCACUACCGGAAGUUCUCCAAUUUGACCCUUGACAUUUAACCCACAUCUCACAUCUUGUGCGCGCUGACAAAGAGAUACAGGUUGGACUGGUCGUACAGAAUCUGCUGACUAUCGCCCAAAACAGGGCAAGACUGGUGGUCAUCGUCAGCUGCCAUGUCCAUCCACGUGUUCCCCCCAACAGGGAGAGUGACUGAGAUAAAAACUGAUCGGUGCGUGUGACAAUGUGGUUACAAUGACAUUUGAUAUGCACUUGUGAUAAUACGCGCAAAUAUUGAUAAUUAAUGUAAAAUACUCUAAAUUAACACAACUGAGAAAUAUGUUGUCACCAUUGUUAGAUAGAAGUGCUCUGGCAGAUAUCAGCCAAAGGUCACAGUUGACUUCCUGGAUUCUGUUCAGGAGGUUUAUCUAACAGCUGCUCUCAUUAUGUAUCGAAGACAGAAGUCCGAUACUUGCUAGUUACAGACACACACAAUGGAGAAAUCGUGACAGCUUAUCAAUGACAGGAUGUCCAGCUGUUGGUACGUUCGUGUGUCUCACCCUGUCUAACUUGACGAGAAGAACAAAUUGUUUUAAACUAAGCUUCACUGUAAUUACAGUAAUCUCUCCAGUAGAAAUUGUGAAACUUCACAAUUUAAGAUAAAACAUCAACAGUGUUUACAAUUAAAUGCAGCAUUCUUAUCACCUAGAUUGAUUUUUUUUUUUUUUUUACACCAGUCAAAAGAUUUUAUAACUUUGAUUUUGCGAACACUGGUUCCCGAAAGAGUUUAUUUUAAAAGAAUUGAGAUUAUUAGUAGACGGUUCGUGAAAGGUGCUGAACUCAACGAACUGUGUGUACCUGUUAUUCUGCGGAGGUGGGGCAUGAUGUGGGCUGUGGGGGUGGGUGGGUUGGCGGUGCAUGCGCGUGUUCAUAUCUGCUUGUGUUUUGCUCGUGCGCGUGUGAGUGUGCUGGCAAGUACAUACGCAUCUGUGUUGUGAUGGGCAGAAGGUGAGAAUCGAGUAAAGAAUUUGGUGCUGAGGUGGAUGUAUAAUGAAAAUUUGUUUGAAAAACGACAAAAGUAAAGUAUAUAUAUAUCUAUUUCCAUCAUUUAAAGAAAUCAAUCUGUGUGCACGACCUCUCAAAACUAUUCUUGCUAAACAGAGGUGAGCUGCCGAAGAACAUAAGAAACCUUCUGUCAGUUAUUUGUAAUAAAAUAUUUGUAUUAAGCUAA